UGAUGAGUGACAUGAUUUGCAUAUUGGGCGGGUCUUAGGAAGUUUAUCCUUUAUCCUUGCUGUGAAAAUUGAAGUCCUUUGAUCCGAGCUGGUGUUUGUUUAUCUAUCUAUCUAUCUAUUUAUUUAUUUCACAGAAAGUGUCCGGAAGUUUCUAGAACUAGAACUAAAAUAUUUGUUCACUGGAAAGAUUAUAUAGAGGUUAAAGAGCCAUUUUGAAGAGGAUUUGUUAACUUUUCUUUCUGCUGAAUGAGUUGUUGACACAUUUCGGGACAGGUGUGUGUGUGUGUGAGAGAGAGAGAGAGAGAGAGAGAGAGAGAGAGAGAGAGAGGUUAUUAUUAUUAGAGGUGGUUAUUAUUUAAUUCUCCGGUGAUGGCGGAAGUGUUCUCGGGGCGCGCGCUGCUGAAUAAAGCGGGAGAAGCGGUGGACCCGGAAGAGGCGCUGCGUAAUAAAGUGGUCGGCUUGUAUUUCUCCGCCGGAUGGUGUCCUCCGUGCCGCGACUUCACCCCGCUGCUGUGUGAUUUCUACACCGAGCUGGUGGAAGAGAGCGAGCCUCCUGCUCAGUUCGAAAUCGUUUUCAUAUCCUCGGAUAAAUCCGCCGAGGACAUGCAGGAAUAUUAUCACGACAUGCACGGGGACUGGCUCGCGCUGCCCUGGACCGACCAGUACAAGCACGAGCUGAAGAAGAGGUACAGCAUCACAGCCGUGCCCAAGCUGGUGAUCGUGAAGGAGAGCGGGCAGGUGAUCACGGACAAAGGCAGGAAGCAGAUCCGAGAUCAGGGCCUGGCCUGCUUCAGGAACUGGCUGGAAGUGGCCGAGAUCUUCCAGAAUUUCAAAUGCUAGUGAUUCGAGUUAGUUUUCUUGUGCAACGGGCUAGCGAAGAAAUGUUGCAAUCCCGCACUUUAACAGGAGGAAGUCUGGACACUAAAUAAAUAUGCUUUAGAAUACUUCUGAAAUGCUUUUCCUACUUCUAAGUUUAUUUAUUUUGCUGUGUUUAUAUGAGGAGAAGUUUUCCUCAGUUGUAGGACAGCGGAUGAGUGUGUGUUGUAUUGAGGACUACACUGGUACUCAGGGACUGUUUUAUGUCUAGCAUUGUCGCAUUGUCAUGGUGCUUCAGAUUCCCCGGCGAUUCAUUAAAACACUGUGAUGUA